AAGUGGGCGGAACUCGAUGUCUGUAGAAGCUAGCGAAGCUAGCCGCUAACCUCCCGGUGCUGCAGGCUCGCUUUCUCUAGCACAUCAACAUGGUCCAACUAGUGGGUUCCCUCCGAAAAGAGCUGGCCGACUCCCUGUCCACCUGCAAGGUUCUGGUGGUGGGAGCAGGAGGGAUAGGCUGUGAACUACUGAAAAACCUCGUCCUCACCGGUUUCAAAAACAUCGAAGUGAUUGACUUGGACACAAUUGAUGUGAGCAACCUGAACCGUCAGUUCCUCUUUCAGAAGAAGCAUGUUGGCAAGUCUAAAGCACAGGUGGCAAAGGAAAGUGCCUUGCACUUCUGCCCCAGUGCCAAUAUCACAGCCUACCACGACAGCAUCAUGAACCCUGAAUACAAUGUGGAAUUCUUCAGGAAGUUCAUGCUGGUGAUGAAUGCUUUAGAUAACAGAGCUGCCCGUAACCAUGUCAACAGGAUGUGUUUGGCAGCUGACAUUCCUCUGAUUGAAAGUGGCACUGCUGGAUACCUGGGACAAGUUACAGUCAUCAAGAAGGGAAUGACUGAGUGCUACGAGUGCCAACCUAAACCUGCACAGAAGACCUUCCCAGGAUGCACCAUAAGAAACACACCGUCUGAGCCCAUCCACUGCAUCGUCUGGGCCAAAUAUCUGUUUAAUCAGCUUUUUGGAGAAGAGGAUGCAGAUCAAGAGGUGUCUCCGGACACAGCGGACCCGGAGGCUUCGUGGAAUCCUGAAGAGACAGCAGCUCGUGCUACAGCUUCGGAAAAGGACGGAGACGUUAAGCGAGUCUCCACCAAAGAAUGGGCCCGCUCCACAGGAUACGACCCCAUUAAACUCUUCAACAAGCUUUUCAAAGACGACAUCAUGUACCUGCUGACCAUGGACAAGCUAUGGAAGAAGAGAAAAGCACCCAUACCUCUGGACUGGCAGCAGCAGGAGAAAAGCGCUUGUCCUCAGGAGGAGACUCAAGCUUCAGGUUUGAAGGACCAGCAGGUUCUGGGUGUUUGGGGUUACUGCCAGCUGUUUCAGAACAGCGUACAAACACUCCGCUUACAGCUGCAGGAGAAGGGCGAGGGUGCUGAGCUGGUCUGGGAUAAGGAUGACCUUCCAGCCAUGGACUUCGUCACUGCAGCAGCAAACCUACGAAUGCACAUCUUCAGCAUGAACAUGAAGAGCCGUUUUGAUGUCAAGUCAAUGGCAGGAAACAUCAUCCCAGCUAUUGCUACAACAAACGCUGUGAUCGCAGGACUCAUUGUACUGGAGGGGCUGAAGAUCCUCUCUGGAGAACUGGAAUCCUGUCGCACGAUCUUCUUGAACAAGUGUCCCAACCUCAGGAAGAAACUGCUGGUCCCGUGCAUCCUGGACCCGCCCUGUGCUAACUGCUAUGUCUGUGCAAGCAAACCCGAAGUUACAGUUAAACUAAACGUCCAGAAAACCACGGUCCUCUCUCUGCAGGACAAGAUCCUGAAGGAGAGGUUUGGCAUGGUGGCUCCAGAUGUUCAGAUAGAGGAUGGCAAAGGAACCAUCCUCAUCUCUUCAGAAGAAGGAGAGACAGAAGCAAACAACAACAAAUUUCUCGCUGACUUUGGCAUCCGUAACGGCAGUCGUCUCCAAGCUGAUGACUUCCUCCAAGACUACACACUCCUCGUUAAUGUCCUGCACAUUGAGGAGCUAGAGCGGGAUGUCGAGUUUGAGGUCGUAGGCGAGGCCCCAGACAAAGCUCCACCUCCUCAGAGUAACCAGGAAGAAGUCAACAGCAUCACCAACGGCAACAAAGACUCCGCCCAGCCAUCCACAUCCUCUAAAGCUCCAUCAGAGGAUGACGACAUCAUGAUCGUUGACUCUGAUGAGGAGGAAGGAGCGUCGUCUAGCUCCACAGCAGCGACUAGUGGCACCAAGAGGAAGCACCCAGACUCAGAAACCGGAGAGACUUCCACCAAGCGCCCGCGGAUGGACCAGUCAAGUGGAGCUGCUGCAGCUGACAAUGACAGCGACGACAUAAUCACUCUGGACUAAAGCCACUCAAGGUCCCUCUUGAAGGACUCUUUUUGAAUUCUUGUCAUUUUGACUCCACACAGACAGUAGGCGUAAAUAAACCACCUCUCUAAUGAAGAACAAUUUGUUCCCCUGGUUCGUCUUUGGCCACCUCCUCAUUCUUCUCGAAUGUGUUUGUGCAUUCAUACUCACUUUCUGACAUGAUGCUGUAAAUAGAUACAUUUUAAAAAAAGAAAGUUUGAAAAUGCAUUCAACUUUUUUCUUGUUUUUAUUCAUUUAAGGUCUUGAAAUGCUUCUCUUGAUGGUUUAAAUAAGUGCUUUUUUUGUAUUUUUAUAAA